AAAGACUAUUCAAACAGGAAUAUGAAAAAUGAAGCGUAUGAGACAUUGGUGAAGAAACUUCGAGAGAAGGAUGGGAGUGCUACCCGUGACACGGUAACCAAGAAGAUAAACAACAUGCGCAGUUCCUUCAGGAAAGAACUGAAAAAGGUUGAAAAUUCAAAGAAGUCUGGGGCAGCUACAGAUGAGGUCUAUCGUCCAAGUCUGUGGUACUACGACCAGCUUUUAUUCCUUCGUGACCAAGAAACACCAAGAACAUCAUCAUCAAAUAUUGAAGAGGAUAUGAUCGAGAUGGACUGCCAGUCUACAUCCCAGCCUGGAGUUUCAAGACCCCUUCCAUUACCACCUGCAAAACGGAGCCGCCAACCGGGACCGUCAGUGAGCAACAAGGCUGAUGAGGUUCUGGGCAUCAUUGAAGAAGAUGAAUAUGAUUUGUUUGGCUUGGAACCACCACAAAAGGCUACAUUUACCCCCAUCACGUGGGAAGCUAGGCUGUGUCGCGUCAGGAUUGAGAAUGUCCUGAGCUUUUAUGGCACCUUGCGAGAGCCUCAUGGCUCUAAUUUAAGUACAAGUUAG